CUUGGUUUCCUCCGAUUGGUUCGGUGGGAAUUAGCAUGUGUCGGUUCUUCAUCAGAGUUUUCAAAAUCACCGCGCUGAGCAGGGACCCUGGGCCGUUGUGGUCUCUCUCCGUUCCAGCGUCACGUAGCGCCGACGGUUCGCUGAGAGCACUGAGGACGGCGCGAUGAUGAUAGCUGAACACCGGAUUCAGGACGAGCGAGCGGGGUCUGCCGCCGGAAGUCACCUCCAGCCCAGCCUUGCCCUUCCAAGUCAUGUCACUCACGUCGGAUCUGGCCUUGAUGCGCCCGCCGCUCCUUCCUUAGAAUUUACCUUGCUCGUCGCUGGCUCUCGUGGAGGCAAGACCUCUUUCCUGCGUCUCUUACUCGAUACCUUCAAUGUCUCGCACAGUGCGACCCAGGACCAGCUCACUUCGGUCGCAAAGUUCGUUCAGGGGUGCAGCGGCCGUACUUCUCACAUUCGCUCUGCUUCUAUUGAUGUAGUCCUUGACCUCGACGGCAACGGCCCGCUCCGGACGCUCACCCUGCAUCUCGUCGACACUCCUUCGCUCGAUUUUAGGGAUGAACAGCCCGCUGAGAGGCUUGUGGCGGACACUCUCAGAUACGUAGAGUCGCGCUUUGCAGAGUCUAUUGAAGACGAUCGCAACCCCUCCACCACCGACCGCUAUGUUCAUCUGUGUCUAUAUUUUCUUGACCCGGAUCAAAUUGUACCAUCACAGAUACCUGCGCCGCUCGCGCCGCCUCGUGCUCGUGCAAACAGCUUUUCACAGCCUGACCAUGACCCCCUCAUUCUCGAGCUCCCCGUUGCCAACAAUCCUCUCUUGACACGACCCACUUUACCCUCCGCCGACAUUAAUACCAUUCGCCGUUUGUCAACACGAGUUAAUGUCCUACCUGUUGUCUCACGCGCAGACAUCCUCUCCAAUGACCGGCUGGCCGCUGUCAAAAUGGCUAUACGCAGAGAUCUAGCUGCGGCUGGCAUUGGUUUCGGAAUAUUCGACGAUGCCUACCACAGCCAUCCGGGUAAUAUCUCGCCUAGCAAUGGUGAAUUGACCAAUGGCUACGUAAAUGGUACCAGCUCUGCCACCAGCUCCCCUCCAUCUUCUCCCGUCACAUCCUCUUUGAGACUUCCUUACGCUCUGAUUUCGCCGGAUAUAUAUUCCCACAGCGACGGAGUUCCCAGGAUACCUAUGUCACGGCAGCAGCUCGUUCACCAGUACACUCCCUCUUACCAUUCCCCUCCAAAACUCGUCCGAGGAAAAUACAUUCGCAGUUAUCGCUGGGGUUCUCUGGAUGUUUUAGACCCAUGUCACUGUGACUUUCUGCAUCUGCGCAAUGCUAUUUUCCACCACAUGGAGACUUUGCAGACGUAUACGCGGGACUAUCUAUUCGAUAAGUUCAAGCUUGAAUACCUGCAGACCUCACGCCCUUCACUGUCCCGACACCUCGUCCAAAAUCAGGGUAUAUCACGGACGUCAGGUGCUAUAUCCUCGCGGCCCAUACUGGCCAUAGAUACCGCAGGUCCACAUAAUUCCAUCAGUCGGCAUCAUUCACUCUCCGUCUCUCGCGACGCCUCUGCGUCUGCUGCAAGAGACAUGCGUCCUACUCUUCCCCGUCCUUUACCUGACAUCUCUGUCAGUGCAUCGACGAAAGGUCUGACCAAAGCCAAACAGCGCACCAAAAAAAUUACGGUGGCGUGCAACUUUUGUAGAUCUCGCAAACUAAAGUGCGAUGGCGGGCGACCAGCAUGCAGUCAAUGUGUGAAGCGGUCAAAUUCAUGCGACUACAUGCCUCAAAGCAAACGUCGUGGGGGUAUGCGAACAAGUCGAGACCGAGACAGCGGAAGCGACAGUGCAGACGAACCAUCUCCUGAUGCUCUGGAUACUCCUGUUUCUGAAGUGCCGUCACUAUCAAUCUCUCGGAGGACCUCGAACGCGGGGAGCAUGACACCGCUACCUUCCUUAGGGGUAUCAACAGAUGCGUCUACGUCUUCCGUUCGAUCGAAAGGUUCCAUGAGUGAAUCGCGCUCGUACUGGGCGGAUAACGAACUGCCGCACAUCGCAACCCUAUCUCUACCAGAACGGUCCCCAGCUACGCCGGUACCCAUGUCCGCCCCCCCUCUCCCACCUAUUAGACCGGCCUCAGAACACCAAGCGGCCCAACGCAAGCGUGCAGCUACAACUCCCGGAAAAAGUGGUCGUCAACCAUCAACUUCUGGACCCAAAGUUGUGGCUUGCAAUUUUUGCAGAGCCCGGAAGACGAAGUGCGACGGAGCACACCCCGCAUGUUCCAGCUGUGUCCGAAGGAACUUGUUGUGCAACUAUGUCAAUGACCGUAACGGGGGGGAUCCUUUGAGGAAGGCACCAAAACGAGCGUCUAAUGCGCGUCCUUCGCCUCCUUCACCACCUUCCUCCAGGAUGGUGCCAACACCUUUGAGUGCGAAAGAAGAGAAUGAUUAUGCCCUCUAUGUGGAAGGAGGGGGGGAGUACGACGUGAAAAGGAUGAUGGAACAUCCUGAUAUAAAUCGCCCCUCAAAGAAAAUGCGUAUCGAGGGUUCAUCCAUAGCUGUUGAUGCGAUACCCUAGCGCCUUUUUGUUGGAUCUAUUCAUGGAUCAACGUCUGUAGACUAAGUAUUUUUUUUUACCCAUGCUUUCCCUCUGUUUCUGUUGUGUUAUUUAGGGCUGGACGUUAGCAGUCAUGACUUUGGGCAUGGGACUGUAUCUGUAUUUGUUUUCUUCAGUUAAGCAGUGGAAUUUAAUCGGUCUUUUUGGAUACGCUCUAUCUCGUUGUUAACUU